UCUCCUCAAUUUCAUAUAAUCUGUGUAAAUAUCUUCCUAAACCUCACUACUCGAUGUGGGGUCUUCUAAUCCAAUCGUCUUUUUUGAAUCUUCUGAUUGAAUUUGGUCUUUCUAUUCACCAGAAUUUGGUUUAAUUUGAUUUGUGAUCUGUUGGAGUUAAUAUGGAGGAUCGGAGCUACAACCACCACCGGAUACAUGGCAUGUCGGAUGUGGCUUUCGAGUGUGUGAUUCCGUACAUACACGAUUCACGGGACCGCCAAUCUGUUUCCCUUGUGUGCCGGAGAUGGUGCGAGCUGGAGGCUCAGACACGCAAGCACGUCAUGAUUGCCUUGUGUUAUACGGCCACGCCGCAGCAGCUUUGGCGGAGGUUCCCGUACCUUGAGUCACUCACGCUGAAAGGGAAACCCCGUGCUGCCAUGUAUAAUCUGAUCCCGGAGGAUUGGGGUGGCUUUGUGACGCCAUGGGUGGAGGAGAUUGCGACAUCUUUCGCCUGCUUAAGGGACAUGCACUUUAGAAGGAUGAUUGUUAAAGAUGAGGAUCUUCAACUGCUCGCAACUUCGCGAGGGCAUGUUCUUCAGGUUCUUAAGCUUGAUAAGUGCUCUGGGUUUUCCACCGAUGGGCUACUGCAUAUUUGUCGAUCCUGCAGGAACCUCAAUACCUUAUUUCUAGAAGAGAGCCAAGUAAUAGAGAAAGAUGGAGACUGGCUACAUGAGCUUGCUUUAAAUAACACUGUUCUUGAAACACUGAACUUCUACAUGACAGAUCUUUCCAAAGUUAAUUUUAAAGAUCUUGAACUCAUAGCCAGAAAAUGCAAGAAUUUAGUCUCAGUCAAAAUAGGUGAUUGUGAAAUAUUGGACCUUGUUGGUUUCUUUCGAGCUGCUGUUUCGCUAGAAGAAUUUGGUGGGGGAUGCUUUAACAAUCAAGCAGAAGAGUAUGCUGCAGUCUCCUAUCCCCAAAGAUUGUGUCGCUUAGGUCUAAAUUACAUGAGUACGAAUGAGAUGCCCAUUGUAUUUCCCUUUGCGUCCAGGCUCAAGAAGUUGGAUCUCCUCUAUGCCCUUCUUGACACAGAGGACCACUGCCUCUUGCUCCAACGGAGUCCAAACUUGGAAGUUCUUGAGACUAGGAACGUAAUUGGAGACCGGGGCAUGGAAGUUCUUGCACGUUAUUGCAAGAAAAUGAAGAGGCUUAGGAUUGAGCGAGGUGCUGAUGAACAGGAAAUGGAAGACGAAGAAGGCAUCGUUUCUCAAAGAGGCCUGACUGCCUUAGCACAAGGAUGUAUUGAGUUGGAAUACAUUGCUGUGUACGUAUCUGAUAUCACAAACGCAGCUCUGGAAUGCAUGGGCAUGCACUUGAAAAACCUUUGUGAUUUUCGUAUGGUCUUGCUGGAUAGAGAAGAGGUGAUUACUGACUUACCCCUUGACAAUGGAGUCCGAUCUCUAUUAAGUGGCUGUCAUAAGCUUAGAAGAUUUGCUCUCUAUCUUCGUCCAGGAGGGUUAACAGAUGUGGGUUUGACAUAUAUUGGUCAAUACAGCCAAAAUAUAAAGUGGAUGCUGUUAGGUUAUGUUGGAGAAUCUGAUGCAGGGCUUUUAGGCUUCUCUAGAGGCUGCCCUAGUCUACAGAAGCUGGAAGUGAGGGGCUGCUGUUUCAGUGAACAAGCAUUGGCUAUUGCUGUUUUACAUCUUAGGUCUCUAAGAUACCUAUGGGUACAAGGGUAUAGGGGAUCCCCCACUGGAUGUGAUCUCUUAACAAUGGCGCGUCCGUUUUGGAAUAUCGAAGUAAUUCCUUCUAGAAGGGUUCUUGCUGGAGAAGACCAAGAGGUUGAGCAUCCUGCCCAUAUACUUGCAUACUACUCUCUUGCUGGACCAAGAACAGAUUUCCCACCUUCUGUUAUCUCGCUUAAUUCCAUUCCGGUCCUUGAUGAAUAGCAGAAUAGGCAUGUGUAUAUAUCUGAUUCCACGAGUUUUAAAUUUUCCCUUGGCCAUCAAACAUAUUCCUUCUUCAAAAAGGUUCCAGGUGCCUGAGUGGAACUGGUGACGGUGGCUUCAUUUCUUCAGUCUAUCACAGGCUGAGAUAAGUUCUAUCUGUUUUUCUUCCCAUUUCCUGUAUUUUAGCUGUUCAUAGGCAAUGUUUUUUUCCCUUUUUUUAUAUAUGUUGUCCUCCUCACACCCCCAAAAUUAAGUUAUUGGUUUUGUUCUAAUUCCUAGAACAAUGGCCAUGUAAUAAGUUUGUUGUACUUUGUAAUUUUGAUAGCGUUUGUGA